UAAACUAAUCCACUUUACUAGGUGGAAAAAAAUCGAAGUCCUCGAAAAUAUCUAAAAAUCGCGGUCUCUUGCUGAAGUUUUCGACUGGAAGAAAGAGGGUCCCCAAUAGAGAUGAAGGCACCAAAGCAUAUGACUCCGAUGUUACGAUCAGCUUUCUUCUUCUUCUUCUUCUUCUUUGUUUCGGUUGUGUCUGGCCAAUCCCUACCACCUGCAAAAUUGGACGGAUUCGUGUUCGGAAGUCACCAAGUUGACUUUGAUGCCAUUUUGAUCGAAGCGUUCUUCGACCCUGUUUGCCCUGAUAGCAGAGACUCCUGGCCUGCUCUCAAACAAGUUCUUUCCUUCUAUGGCGACCGCGUUUACCUCGUCCUUCACCUUUUGCCCUUGCCUUACCAUGACAAUGCUUUUGCUGCUUCACGGGCUUUACACAUUGUUAACAAUCUGAAUACUUCAGCCACUUUCCAGUUGUUGGAGGCCUUCUUCAAGCAACAGAAGAAAUUUUACAACGCCCAGACUCGCGACUUGCCCAGGACCGCUGUUGUGAAUGACAUUGUGAAGUUUGCAUCAGAAGCAGUUGGGGAGUCCUAUUAUGGUGCCCUUAAAUCCGGCUUUGAUAAUCGGAAAACUGACCUUAAAACAAGGAUUUCCUUCAAGUAUAGUGCUUCAAGAGGAGUGUAUGGAACACCUACUUUCUUCGUCAAUGGAUUUCAAUUACCCGAUUCUGGUUCCACAUUAGAUUUCAAUGGAUGGAAAAGCUUCAUCGAUCCACUAAUCGGGGCUAAGGGUGACAAGUAUGAGGAAAAUUUGCACUUUUUCUUAUGAAAUACUUGGCCAUGAAACAUUCCAAGACCUUUUACUCUUUGUAACUUGGAAGAAUAAAGCUCUAUGCCAAGAAAUAACGUGUCUGUUUUGUAUUUGUGCACAGAAUAAACAACUUCUAAUCUGGGGUAGGAAAAAAUUGUAUCUCUUGUGCUUUGUAGUUAUUUUUAUUGUUGUGACACUUGUAAGUUACGAAAUUACAUAAAGAAUGGGCUUUCAACUAUC